AAUUGGUAUAGAUCGUUAAAAUGGGAAUAUCACCUUAUUAUCUCGAUAAUAGGCCUUUGAUAGUAGCAAUUUCUAUGAAACUACGAUAUAAAAUUCUUCUAUAAUCCCGACUUUCUUUACAAUGCAGAUGAAACCGAUGAAUAUCUGAAAUCAUAUGGGGAAGAUCAAAGAAUAUCUUGUUUCAAUACUGAGACGAAAUACCAUACUCACUCUUAAACCAAACACCAUCUCAAUAACUACCAGAGAACCAUUCUUGCUAUUAUGGCCUGACAUAUCCUCAAACCUGGUCUAGGAGAAUAUCCUCCGCUUUAGGAUUACUUCAGAAGUAUUUCAUUUACAUUGGAAGCUUCAUACAUUAAAUAUUGGUCUGGUCUGGGUAUUAAAACUCCUAAUUCUCAAGAGUCUCAAGCUUCAAGGCGCAGAGCGAUUCAAGAGUCUUACGAAUGAAUUCGUUGCUGUUGCAUCCAGCGAUAUUGACGAUGUUGACAGGUCGAUACAUCGUUGAAGAGUCAUUGUCGAAGAGCUUGUGGUACCCGAGUCACGGCAUCUUUAUGUGGAAAGAACUCUGGCUUAAGAGCAUUCUACUCUGGAAGAAUGCCUGUUUUAGUGCUGAUAUGUCUUUUCGGAACAUGGCAUUGCGAACUACCUUGAGGCUUUCAAGUUACGAUGUUUACUAAGGACAAACGUUACAUAAGCUAUGAUGCUUCCGAGGUCCAAUAUGUUUGACGCUACUAAUAUACGGUACUUGAUCUACGAACCCGCGACACUAUGAUACACUAGGCAGUACUAG